GGUAGAUAACACACACACUGGGAAUCUGUCAUGAAGGGCUCCCAGGAAUAAUUUAGUAAUCAACAUGAAGUACAAGCCGAACUUCUGGCUCUGUGUUAUCACAAUACUCAGCCUGUGGCUGGCUUUGCUGCUGCUACACUGCUGCAAGAUACGAGUAGAGAUAUUUCAUGUGGUAGCCUUUAAUAGUCUUUGGGAGCCUCCUACAAUCCUGUAUAAGCUGGAUGUUAGUUGGCCCAGAAAUCCUGGACUGUUUACUGGUACAGCUUAUGGAGUUGCUGUUGACCCAUUAAAUUCAUUAAUUUAUGUAGCUCAGAGAGGGGACAAUGUGUCCAAAGUCCUAGUGUUUACAGAAGAUGGAUAUUUUAAAGAACACUGGAAUACAAAAACAAUUGAGAUGCCUCAUGGUAUAUUUGCAGUCAACAUAGCUAAUGAACAUUCUAUAUGGAUAACUGAUGUUGGGCAAGGAGAUUAUGGGCACACAGUAAAACAAUAUUCUCCUUCUGGAAGUCUUCUUCAAGUCCUUGGCAUGGGUGGUAAAUCUGGUUCCAGUAUAAAUCCACUUCAGUUUGAUCAACCUGCAGAAAUAUUUGUUGAAAGAACUGGGGAGGUAUAUAUUGUGGAUGGGGAUGGUGGACUUAACAACAGAAUUCUCAAGCUUCACAAAGAUUUAGGGCUUCUGUGGACUAUGGGUGGCAACGGCACAAAUCCUGGGCAGUUCUAUAUACCGCACAGUGUGACUGUGGAUGACUUUGCACGUGUUUGGGUGGCAGACAGAGGAAACAAAAGGAUUCAGGUGUUUGACAAAGACACAGGAGAAUGGAUUGGAAUGUGGACUUCCUGCUUCACGGAAGAUGGCCCUUAUUCUGUCAGGCUUACGGCUGACAAGAAGUAUAUUGUUGUGGCUCAGCUGAAUAUAAGUCGAGUGAUAUUCUUAGCUUUACCGCCAGUUGGGAAUAUAGGAGACUGUCACAUUGUAAGCAGCAUUCAAAUGGCAGAAGGAGUCCGACCACAUCUUGUAGACGUCAAUGUAAAAACUGGAUCUGUUUACGUUGCUGAAAUUGGUGCUCAACAAGUGCAGAAAUAUGUGCCAUAUAAACGAGGGGACAUUAAAACUGCUCUUAUUACAUAAUCAUAUUUUUUUAUUUAUUUUUAUAACUAAAUCAAAAGUAAUCGAAAUGAUAUCUCUCUGGUUCAGAAAUUUGUAACUGCUGCUGCGUGUUUGGAAUUAAUCUUACAACUUCUGCCUCUUUUGGAGACUGGUAGUCAGUGUUUUGUUGGAGCAAAACAUGCAGAUAGAAUGUUGUUAUACUGCAUAUACAAAAGCUUGUGAAAUUGAAUUUUACUUUUUACAUUAUGAUUUUCUGGAUGCCAAAUCUGAUGUUCAUCCAUCGUUGUCGAUGAAGACCUCAACAUAUCAUUAGUUUGUUAACCAGGCUCUCUGUGUCCGAAGGAUACCUAUCAGUCCGAUUUGGGCGUGGAAUGUCCUGUCGGACAGCUCUGUACUUGCGCAGCUCACACUUUCCUUUAGUCUCAGCAGUACGCCUUGCCUUAAAGAUAUUACUGCCUGUGUAAAUGAGGUUGUGCCAUGCUGGACAAUUCAGUGCCAUUGUUUUGUUAGAGCGACACAAGCACAGAAUGUUAUACUUUAUUUACAAAAGAUUGUGAGUGACAUUACAUUAUACUUGUUACAUUAUGAUUUUUUGGAAACCAAAUCUAACAACAAAGGAAAACCCAUUAUACCAGUUUCCAAAGAGUUCCUAGUAGAGAUUGUUUUAUGGUGUUUACAUAAAUAUUUGACGCAUUUAAAUACUGCACAACAAAGCUUACAGAGUAAAGUAUAAUCUAUUUAUUAUAAGAAUAGCAAAAUAAAAUUUGUAUUUAAAUUGCAAAGAAAUUAUAAUUUUCUGAAAAUUUAUAUAAUUCUGGUGGAAAUAUAUUUACUUACAAUAUUAGUUUAAUAAACUUCAAAAUAGAAAUAAAAAAAAGUUCUGCUUUAACCCCUUAA